AUGACAAAGGAACAUAUCAAGGCAUGCUAUAAAUUUGCUAUGGCACACCAGCACUGGACAAUUGAUGACUGGAAGAGGGUCCAAUGGUCAGAUGAGACCAAGAUCAACAGAUUUAGGUCAGAUGGGCACUGCUAUGCCUAUAAAAGGGUUGGCCAGGCACCUCAGCCCCACCAGAUCAUCAAAACCCACAAGCAUGGAGGAGGCCAAAUCAUGAUUUGGGCAUGCAUGGGGUGGGAAGGCCCUGGUUUUAUGUGCAAGACAGAUAGGUCUCUCACCAAGGAACUCUAUGUGGAAAUCCUAGAAGAUUAA